ACGCUCUCCUUCACCCCCGCCCGCCCGGCGCUUCCCCCGCCGCGGCCCCGCGCCGCCCCGCCGGCCAUGUCGCGGGGCUCCCGCCUGGCGCUGGCCGUCUCCGCGCUGCUCUCCGCCGCCAUCGUGGCGGCCGUGCACGUCCAGCAGCGCCGGGAGCUGGAGAGGCUGCGGAGUGGCGUUGUCAGAGAUCUUGAGCGUCAGAAUCAGAAAAAGGAGAACAUUCGCCUGUUAGAAGAGCAGAUUGCUCUGACAAAGCAGCUCCUGGAAGAGAGAGACAAGGCGCUAAUGGAAAAACGUUAGCAGCAGUCCUAGGCGCUGGCCUGGCUCCUUGGAGGUUUGAUUAAAGACGUUUGAAGGCCAUUUGCAUCUCACUUCUUGCAGGUGUUUUAAUAAACACAGGUAAUCUGUGAAA